CCUUUUCACUGCCACCUGAUUUGAAUGAAAAUUCUCCCAAGAAAAGUGCAGUGACCUUUGAUUGAAUUUAGAUGUAAAUGUAUUCAUGCUCUCCAUUCCUCAGCUCACAUGGAGGCUGACUUUGAGGAGAUGGAGAGCCGCCUGAUGUACCUGGAGAAUCUGUGUGCCCAGUGCGAGCAGCAGCGCUUCAAGCACUUUCAGACCCUUCAGCUGGAGACCUACAAGAAGAAAAAGAGGAAAGAACUGGAGUCCCUGAAAGGGGAGCUGGACACGGAGCAUGCUCAGAAGGUGCUGGAGAUGGAGCAUGCCCAGCAGUCGAAGCUGAAGGAGCGGCAGAAGUUCUUUGAAGAGGCAUUCCAGCAGGACAUGGAGCAGUACCUUUCCACAGGCUACCUCCAGAUUGCCGAUCGGAGAGAGCCAUUAGGAAGCAUGUCCUCCAUGGAGGUGAACGUGGACAUGCUGGAGCAAAUGGACCUGACUGACGUCUCUGACCACGAGGCCCUGGACGUCUUCCUGAACUCGGGAGGGGAGGACAACAGCGCCUCCUCGGCGGUCUCAGGUCCGGCUCAGGACUCCUUGUCCACUGGCGCUGAGAUCUCCCUGAAGGUUCCCACUCGGGCUGAGCUGGGCCACUGCCUUCCCCCCGACUCCCCCUCCGCCUCCACCCGCAGCGAAUCGGCCAGCCAGGAGACGGAGGGCCCCGACGACGAAGACGAGGACGAAGAUGAGGCCAGCCUGGGGGACUUGCCCGUGGUGGCGUCCGACGAGGAGGACGUGCAUCCAGACACCGUGCUGGCCGGCCUCCCUGAGGAGCCGCGGAUCUCGGACGACAGCGGCUCGCUGACUCCGUGAGGAGGGCUCCGUGUUGGUGGCAGGGAAAGGAUCAAACGUCAACCAGAGACCGCAGAGCGGUUUGCUCAGACUCUCAAAACACUGGACACUUUCCCUUUCUUCCAGAACGGCUGCCUGAGCUCAGACUGACAAUACUGUGUGUGUGUGUGUUUAGGAGAGAUCCUUCCUGUCUGAGCUGCUCCAUUUUAUUUGUUUGUUUGUUUGUUUAUUUGUUGUCUAUCCUGCUUUUUCCAGCAAAAUCAAUGUAGGUCGUGUAUUUUACAUUUGUCAGUAUUACAUGGAAAUUGAAUUCCCUCAUCCCACUGUGUCCCUCCCCCUACAGAGCUGUAUCUAUAACAAAUUAAACAAAAGUGUUUUUUUUUUUCAUUCUUGCUAUUAACACAAUAACUUCAA